AUGGAAAGAAGAAGUGGAUACCCUUGCUCUAACAGUAGCAACAGCAACAACAACAACAACAAUAACAACAGAAGUAAUCAUUAUAAUCCGUACAGAAAGAACUCAAGUACUGGAGAGAGUGGCAACAACAGACAAUCAAAGGAAUCACCAGCAUGUGAGCUAGUGAAUCUACCAACGAUCGUUGCUGUUCAAAAGGAGACUGACCAAGCCAAACUAAAGGCAAGACAGAAGGAAAUUGACUAUGGCAAGAAUACGAUCGGGUACGAUAAAUAUCUUGAAGCUGUUCCAAAGAGGAAUCGCGAGAAACAUCAUCCCAAAACACCAGACAUCCACCAGAGAUGCAGUCGACGUAGUUGGGUCGGACAGAUCAAAAAGUGGAGGAAGGAGCUUCAUAAGUAUGACCCAGAGGAUAAUCAACAAGAUAUUGACUUUAACGACUCUGCUGACGAGGUGGCCACUGUAGAAACAGAUCACAAUGACAACAACAACAACGCUGGCACUGAGGACCUAGAGCAGAACCAACAGUUGCUAUCAUCAUUGUUGUCUGUGGCCGCUACAACAACAACCACAACCACUUCACCGUCAACAUCUCAAUAG